GUCUUUUUUUUUUUAGGGUACACCAAGAAUACGACAGUAAGGUGUUAAUGCUGCAUCUAAGAAAAUGGAUUUAAGAGUUCCGAUGUGUGACUUCCCAGUGACAAACAUGCACUACAUUUUCAGGACCGUCAUGGAAUACUGGAGGCAGUGCGCCCUGUGGCUGAUCGGCUGCAAGGUGUUGCCAGUCAACCAUCGCGUCACUGCGGACUCGGCGCAUGUCUUCGACCUGGCGCAAACUCUGCGGGACGGCGUUCUGCUGUGUCAGCUGCUCAACAACCUGAGGGCCCGCAGCCUCGACCUGAAGGCCAUCAACCUCAGGCCGCAGAUGUCUCAGUUCCUGUGCUUGAAGAACAUUCGCACCUUCUUGACGUGUUGCUGCAACGAGUUCGGCAUGAAGAAGAGCGACCUCUUCGAGGCCUUCGACCUGUUUGACAUGCGGGACUUUGGAAAGGUCAUGGACACGCUCUCCAAGCUCUCGAACACAGCAAUAGCACUGCAAGGAGGAUUCAAGCCUUUUCCCACAGAAAUGAUCCUAAAAGAUGAGGACAUUUACAACCACCUGGAAGACCUAAUGGAUGAAAACACCAUGGAGGAAGAGGACGACUUGUACGCGGUGGUGUACGGGCUGGAAGAAGACUACGCAGGCGGGGAGAUUUAUGAGGACCUUAUGAGGACUGAACAGCAGAAGCCGAUCGAGUCAGACGUUCGAAGCUGCUGCCUCUCUGAGAUCAAACAGACGGAGGAGAAGUACACAGAGACGUUGGAAUCCAUCGAGAAGUAUUUCCUCAACCCUCUGAAGAGGUUUCUCUCCGCGGCUGAAAUGGACAAAGUUUUUGUCAACAUUCCAGACUUGGUGAAGGUUCACAAGAGUCUGAUGGUGGAUGUUCAAGACUCCAUCCUGAACAAGAACGCUUUGAAUCUCUACCAAAUUUUCAUUAGCUACAAAGAGAGACUUCUCAUCUACAGCAUCUACUGCAGCCGCGUGGAGAUUGCCAUCGCAGUCCUGGACCUCAUCUGCAAAGAGAAGGAAGACGUCCGCCUCAAGUUGGAGGAGUGUUCCAAGAGGGCCAACAAUGGCAAGUUCACCCUGAGGGACCUGCUGGUGGUUCCCAUGCAGAGAGUCCUCAAGUACCACCUUCUCCUCCAGGAGCUCGUCAAGCACACUCCCAACGCCGUGGACAAGACCAACCUGCAGAUGGCGCUGUACGCCAUGAAGGACUUGGCGCAGUUUGUCAAUGAAGUCAAGAGAGAUAACGAGACUCUGCGUGAGAUGGACCAGUACCAGCGCUCCAUUGAGAACCUGAACCAGUCUCUGUUCAGCUACGGUCGUCCAAGAGGAGACGGGGAAGUGCGCAUCGUGUCCAACUUUGACAAGAGGAAACAGGACAGACACAUAUUUCUGUUUGACGUGGCCGCCGUGGUCUGCAAGCGACGCGGCGAUAACUACGAGAUGAAGGACGUCCUCGACCUCAACGUCUUCAAGAUCACUGACAACCCCACCUCGGACAAGGAGGGCAAGAAGUGGUGUUACAGCUUCUACGUGACGCACCAGCAGGGCCACACCGGCUUUGAAUUCUUCUUAAAGACCAGAGAGCUGAAGAAGAAAUGGCUGGAUCAGUUUGAAGCGGUUGUCUCCAACAUCCGACCUGAAUUUGCCAACCACAACGACCACCAGUUCAAGAUGCACACCUUUGACAGGAUUUUUUCGUGCAGCUUCUGUCAUCUCCUGCUAAGGGGGAUCUUCAACCAGGGCUACCUGUGCUUAAAAUGUGGACUUGCAGUCCACAAGGAGUGUUUAGGUCAGCUGGGAGUCUGCCGGAGGACGGAAUCUUCCAAGCUGAGGUCCAAGGAGAGCACAGCGCUUCCAGACCCAGGUCUGCCCCAGAUGCUGGUGAUCAGAGACUACCACGGCGCCCCCUGUCCGCCGUGCGGCCCCCCGCUGUGCGCUCGCACGGGCGACGUGAUCGGCCUGAUGUUCGCCGACUUGCACAGCUCCUGGUGGCAGGGCAAAAUCCUGGCAAGCGGCAAGAUUGGCUUCUUUCCAAGCGACGCUGUGAGGCCUUCCCCCUGUCUCCCAAAGCCCGUGGAUUACUCGGGACAGCUCUGGUUUGCAGGGCCGAUGGAGAGGUACCAGGCCGAGGUAGAGCUUCAGGACCAAGGAAACAGCACCUAUCUGGUUCGGCACAGGAGUAAAGAGUGCACAGAGUACGCCAUUAGUAUAAAGUUCAACGACAGAGUCAAGCACAUUAAGAUUCUGACCAAGGAUGGCUGCUUCUACCUCGAAGAGAGUCGACUCUUCAAGACCGUGCUGGACUUGGUGGAAUACUACAAGCAGCACUCGUUAAAAGAAGGCUUCAGCAGUCUGGACACCAGUCUGCGGGUCCCUUACCGGGAAUUCAACAACGAAAACUCGCCUUGGGCCGUGACCAAGACUGGCAGCGUUCCUCCUGGUGGUUGCAGCUUUGUUCCUCCCUCCUCCUCUCCUUUCUGGUCAGUGUUUUGUCCUAGGGUCGUGUCUGUCGCUGUGGCUCGCUACGACUUCCACUCCAGAGACAUGUGGGAGCUGCCGCUACUGCAGGGAGACGUGGUCCAAAUCCACACCAAGACGUCCAACGGCUGGUGGAAGGGAGAGGUCGGCGGCAGAGUGGGCUGGUUUCCUUCUACUUUCGUAGAAGAGGACUGACUUCGCUGACUUGGACUUCGACGUCCAUGUGACCUCCAGCACAGCAGGGCGCCGUGACCGUGAUGUCGCUGCUCGUUCGCCGCGUCGGCGUGAUGCCGCUCAGAGAAAACUGACAGGAAACGCUCUCCAGAACCUUCCUCCCUGCCUUCUGACGGACGCGGAGCACAUGUCGAGUCGAGGAUCCCGAAAGCAUCAUUCGGCAAGUGCUUCGGUGUUCAGACUGCCGUUCUCCCCUCACGCCCUCGUCUCCUUCCUAGGUGACUCACCUUGUCUUAUUAUUGAUGAUGACUCAGUGACAGUCGCCCUCGCCAUGGCCAUAUUUGGUUUGGCAAGCAACACUCCAUUGGCUGACAAACUGGAGGUCCAACGCGCUCCAUUGUGGUGUGAAUAAACGUGUUAUUGAUAUUUACAUGA